CCGAUUUUUGUCGUCACACGCUUAACCCGGACGUGAAGCAGCGCGACAGAAAAAUAUCCGAUACGGUCGAAGAAAAGCCUCAAAAAGUUUCCUGACUGGACAGACAAAGCUUCACACUGUUCUGAGACAUAUGCAGAGACAGACACACCUCAGCCAAUGGGGAGCGAGACAUUGUGAUAGAGAGAGUGAAAAAGAAACACCUGGCUCGGCAAUGGCGACUCCUGCUUCACCGGAUGUUUAAUGGACUUUAAUCUCAAACAGGUUCUGCUGUUGUUGUGACGUUCUUCGUGUUCUCCCUCCGUGUUCUCUCCGAGUUUUCUGGAUGACUUUGAACCUCAGCGCAUGCGCAGAUCCUAGCGGCGGCUGUGCUAUCUCUGCGUAAAGUUUUUGCGAGAGUGUGAGAAGUGCUACUCUGAGAGAGAGUGUGUGUGUGUGGGGGGGCGUCGUCUGCUGGCAGUUGUAGUGCCCUCUUCUCUCCACACGCUCAAAGCUGGCGAUGUCCAGGGUCCCGAGUCCGCCCCCUCCCGCUGAGAUGACCAGCGGCCCAGUGGCCGAAAGCUGGUGUUACACACAGAUCAAAGUGGUGAAGUUUUCCUACAUGUGGACCAUCAACAACUUCAGCUUCUGUCGGGAGGAAAUGGGCGAGGUCAUUAAAAGCUCCACCUUCUCCUCGGGAGCCAAUGACAAGCUCAAAUGGUGUUUGCGAGUGAAUCCAAAAGGGCUGGAUGAGGAGAGUAAAGAUUACUUGUCUCUCUAUCUGCUCCUGGUCAGCUGUCCCAAGAGUGAAGUGCGUGCCAAGUUCAAGUUCUCCAUCCUUAAUGCCAAGGGGGAGGAGACCAAAGCCAUGGAGAGUCAGCGAGCCUACCGAUUUGUUCAGGGCAAAGACUGGGGCUUCAAGAAGUUCAUAAGGCGGGACUUUCUGCUGGACGAAGCCAAUGGGCUGCUUCCUGACGACAAACUGACCCUCUUCUGUGAGGUGAGUGUGGUGCAGGACUCGGUGAACAUCUCUGGGCAGAACACUAUGAACAUGGUGAAGGUUCCAGACUGCAGGCUGGCUGAUGAGCUGGGCGGACUGUGGGAACACUCUCGCUUCACCGACUGCUCGCUCUGCGUAGCUGGACAAGAGUUCCAGGCACACAAAGCCAUUCUGGCAGCUCGCUCGCCAGUUUUCAGUGCCAUGUUUGAGCAUGAAAUGGAGGAGAGCAAAAAGAAUCGAGUGGAGAUUAAUGAUGUGGAGCCAGAAGUGUUCAAGGAGAUGAUGUGCUUCAUCUACACUGGCAAAGCGCCCAACCUGGACAAGAUGGCAGACGAUUUACUCGCUGCUGCUGACAAGUACGCUCUGGAGCGUCUGAAGGUGAUGUGUGAAGAUGCACUGUGUACGAGCUUGUCCGUGGAGAAUGCGGCGGAGAUCCUUAUUCUGGCCGACCUGCACAGCGCUGACCAGCUCAAAACACAGGCCGUCGACUUCAUCAACUACCAUGCGUCGGAUGUGAUGGAGACAUCAGGAUGGAAAUCUAUGGUGGCGUCUCACCCUCACCUGGUGGCCGAGGCAUAUCGCUCGCUGGCCUCUGCUCAGUGCCCCUUCUUGGGUCCACCCCGCAAACGUCUCAAACAGUCAUAGUGCCCACCUCCCCUUAGCUUUCCUAACCAACCCCCACUGGACUGCCCACACGGAGGUGACAUUCUUAAAUUUAACCUUAACCUCUAAAUAUACUCCCAAGUAGGGAACCUAGCCAACCCUUGACUCUGAAGUAAGUGUCCUGUAGUGUCCCUCUUCGUCCAUAUACCAGCCAACCCUCUCCUUGACAACCCGAAUCCCCAAAGACCCCAAAAGAGAGCCAGGAGGAACCUUUUGGCUCUUACCCCCAGCAAAGAGCUCGUCCACGGUGGCAAUGUGAAAGCUGUAGCUGGGUGGGGGUUGUCCCCUCCUCAGUACCUUGCCACACUUGCCCAGCAAAGCCAGGAUAAGAUAGAUUUCUGCAAAGUUCCUGGUGACAGUGGUCUGGGGGUUGGAUGAAUGGACAGACAAAUGAGCGAGAAAAGAGAUGGAUUGAUGCUGUUUGAUGCAACUGUUUGUUUAUAUAUAUAUAUAUAUAUAUAUAUAUAUAUAUAUAUAUAUAUAUAUAUAUAUAUAUAUAUAUAUAUAAAAUACACAAAUACAGGAUGCACGCUGUAUUGACCAUGGUCUUCUUUAUCUAUGGACUCUGACCUUUUACCCACUGUCCCCCUGCGAUGGACUGUCCUUCACUGUGUGUGUCUUUCGUAUCCCUUUCUCGGUGGCAGAUGAAAGAAUUUCUGUCAAUUCCAGAUGAAAGGACUUGAGCAAAAAACAACAUUAAUUAUUGGUGGAGGACUGCAGAGCUUUUAAAUAGCAAGCUUGUCUCCUUAUGAUGACCAUCAGCAUUUUCUUCAGAUGUUCCAGUAGGUCCUGUCUCUUUUUGAUAACGUUUUUCCCCCCACUUGACUUCGCACAAGUCGAGGAUGACCCUGGAGAAAAUGACUCUUCUACAGGACUCUUUGCGCUAGUCUAUGACCUAUGACCACCUGAUUGAACGAUUCCAGAACAUAGAAGCAAACUGACUCCCUGUUUGUCUCUUUCAGAGAGCACAUGAUAGGAUGGAUUGACGGAAGAGGGUUUAAAGCAGGGGAGUGUGUAAAUAUAAGGGUUUAUUUCUUUUAAUGUUUAUUUGAGAAUUUCUCCUCCUUGUAGCACUUGUGUAUUUAAACCCAGGCUUUCUGUAUGAAAACAAAAACUCCAAAAAAAAGAAAAAGAUUCUACAAAUAAA